AUGUCUCGCCGACGUUCUGGCAAGUCAAAAAGUGCUCAUUCGAAACCUCGUGCGUUUGAUCCGCGCGAAGGAAAAUUGAAAAGGUGGGAGAAACUGUCUGACAUUCCUCUUGACGAGGAAGACCAAUUCCAUGUAUCGCGGGACAAAAUUCUGCUAGAAGAUGAGGAUCUCGGCGAUGAUGACGAAGGUGACGACGACGAGGUCUUCGCGUUGAAGGGCAUUCCCGAUGACGAGGAAGAAGAUGAGGACGAGGACGAAGUUGAUGCGGUAGAAGAACCAGACCACAUACGCACACCGCCUAAGAAGAGCGCGAAAUCGAAACAAAAGAAAGGCAAGACCUCGCCUUCGUCCUCGGAGGCGGAAUCCGAAUCAGAGGAGGAAGGUUGGGGCAACAAGAAAUCUGCGUAUUAUUCCUCAAAUGCCGCGCAGCUGGAGUCGGACGACGAAGAGGCUAAUGAGCUAGAGGAACAGGAAGCGAAGCGGCUGCAGGCUAAGGCUAGAGAUGGCAUGGCAGAAGGAGACUUUGGGCUGGAAGAUGCUAUUGAAGGAGCUGUGGAAUCAGACGACUUGAUCGUAGAGGCACCCGCGGUUGUCGCACAACCUCUGCCAAAGGACAAACAAUCUCUGCUCCGGCACCUCGAGAAGACCAGCCCAGAAACACUGGCACUCGCCCGUGACUGGGAUGAUAUCGCUCAUAGCUUAGUCAAGACACAACAGAAACUCGCCUCGCUGGAAACCGAAGAACCUGACCCUCUCAGUCUUGGCAUGAUCCACAUGUACUACCAGGCAUUACUAACGUACAGCACCGUACUUGCCUUCUACCUGCACCUUGCCGCGAGUGAGAAGUACGCCCAGCACCCAGAGCUGCUUCGCGCGCACCCGGUCCUUCCGCGCCUGCUGACGCUCAAGCAGUCCGUCACGACCCUCGAGGAUCUGAAUUUCGGGCUCUCCGAUGGUGAGGAUGAAGAUGACGAGGACGAGGACGACUUGGACGUGGAGCAACUUUGGUCGGUAGACCAGCUGAAAGGGCUUGAUGAAGACGAGCUAGAUCAGCUUAUCAAAGAAGCUACACAGGCUGUCCCCGAUGUAAAUGACUCCAAGGCGGAAAGCAAAGGCGAGGCCAAGAAGAUCAAGGCUAAGCGUCCAAAGUCGGACUCUACAGAACAGCCCCCGCCAAAGAAAAAGCGCAAGACUGAGUCAGAAUCCAAGGUCAUCGUCCCCGUCUUCGACCUCGUCGAGCCAGACUUCACCAUUAAGUCCUCCACAUCCCGGCGGUCAUACGAAUCUGCCGUCACAGACGUCUACGGUGAGGCGACCGCGCUGCAAAGUGCUGACGCCGCGGACAAGAGGGCACGGCAGAAGUCCCUGCGCUUCCACACCUCGCGGAUCGAGAGCACGAGCGCGCGGCGGCAAAGUGCACGGAACAACGCGCUCGGCGGGGACGACGACAUCCCGUAUCGGGAGCGCAAGAAGCAGAAGGAGGAGCGACUUGUACGCGAGGCAGCUAAGACGCGCGGUGCGGGCGGCGACGACCUGGACGAUGCGGAGCCAGAGCCGCAGAGUACGCUGAAGAAACGCGCGCGGGAGGGCGAGGACGAGGAUAAAGAGGAUACUGGGGACGAUGGGUACUACGAGCUUGUGCAGCGCAAGUCGAAGGCCGACAAAGAAAAGAAGAAGGCUGAGUACGACGCAGCGAAGCUGGCUGCCAGACCCAACGUUGACGACGGUGCAGACGGUCCACGAGCUCUCACGCGUGCGAUACUGAAGAACAAGGGCCUGACGCCCCAUCGCGGAAAGAGCGUGCGCAACCCACGCGUCAAGAAACGGCAAAAGUAUGAGAAGGCGAAGAAGAAGCUCGCGUCGCAGAAGGCCAUCUACAAGGGCGGGCUGCGGGAGACGGGCAAGUACGAGGGCGAAAAGUCGGGCAUCUCGCGCGUAAUCAAGAGUGUCCGUCUGUGA